AUGUCGAGCGACGAAGAGUUCCAGGACUUCGAAUACGACGACGAGAACGCAUACGACUCGGACCUGUACAUCGACGAGGACGACCGCCAGCCCCAGCAGGCGCAGGCGUCCACCAGCACUCGCAACCGCCCACAGGAACCGGCUCCCGUCAGACGCUACCAGCCGCCUCCCGCGCCUCUUGCCGGCGAUGACGACUCGGACGACGAUGCUGCGGGUGCUGGAGUGGGCGGGUUUGGCGGAAUGAGAGGAAUGGGCGGCGCGUACGCUGCAGCAGCCGGCGGAGGAGGAGGAGGGAUCGGACGCUUCCUCAACCCGAACGCCUUCCAGGCUGGUUUUGGCGGGCAUGCGUUCGCGAGGCCUCCCGCGAGUGCGUUCAGGCGGCAGUACAGGGCGUACUCGACGGCAAUUCUCGAGGUCCAGCAGGGCAGGAGCUAUGGUGGAGGGCGGUCGAACUUGAUGUACGGCGGGAAGAUCGUCAUGCCGCCAUCGGCCCUCGACGAGCUGACUCAACUUGACAUCGAGCUCCCCAUCAACUUCGAAAUCACCAACCCGGCUCAGCCCGAACUCAACACGCACGCCGGUGUCCUCGAAUUCAUCGCCGAAGAAGGCUGCGUCAACUUGCCUCAAUGGAUCAUGGACCAGCUUCGCUUGAACGAGGGCGACCCGAUCCGCAUCGUUGGCGGCCGCUACCCGAAGGGCAAGCUGAUCAAGAUCCAGCCGCAAAGCGUUGAUUUCCUCGAGAUCAGCGAUCCAAAGGCUGUUCUCGAGCAAGCCCUCCGCAACUAUUCGUGCUUGUCGGCCGGCGACAUCGUCGAGAUCGGCUACCACUCGCUCACCUUCCGCCUGCUCAUCAUGGAGAUCACGCCUCCCGGUCCCGCCAUCUCCGUCCUCGACACCGACCUCGAAGUCGACUUUGCGCCUCCAGUCGGAUACGUCGAGCCCGAGUACAAGAAGCCGUCCGAGUCGCUGCCGAGCAUGCGCGACAAGUUCAACGUGGACACCAAGGGCGUGCAGGAUGUCGAUGCGAGGGGCAGCGGAACAGCGACGCCUGUUUCGGUCGGCUCGAAGGGCAAGGGGAAAGAGACGGACGAGGCUCCGGCUUCCUGGGAGGCGUUCAAGGGUACGGGAAACAGCCUCGGCGGGAAGAGGGUCAAGGGGAAGGGUGUCAAGGCCAAGGCGAUUGAGCAGGUGGACGAGAACAGCCGCAUCUUCCGUACCGACCAACCCCGCAUCGUCACCGCCGAUACCCAGCUCGGCUCUCGCCAGGUUCCCGCGGCGCUCAACCUCCCCUUUGGCGCCCUCUUCUUCGGCUUCGACCUCUCAAACGCACGCCCGCCACCAGGCUCCGAAGCCGAAGCGGCGGAGAAGGCCAAGGCGGAAGAGGCAUCUCGUUCGGCUGCUGCGCCAUUCGCGAACCUUACCGGAUCAGGCGCAACGCUGAGCGGGCGUGCGGCGAGGAACGCAGCGAGUGCGCCGGCCGGUGCAGCGGCCAACGGCGGUCAGACGACGGGCAGGGCGUCUUCGGCGCAGCCCGAGCAGAAGCCGACAGUGCCCUUCAGCGGGUCGGGCAACACGCUCAGCGGGAAGAAGCCGGUCGAGGUCAUCGAGAUUGACUGA